AUGCUCGCCCUCGCUCUUCUCGCGACGCCCUCAACCGCCGCCUCUCGCCCCCGUCCGCGGCGCGGGGGGGCACUCAUCGACACGCGCAACCGCACCGACUUCAGCAUCAAGCUCGAGACCGACGCGCCGACGCUCGCCCUCGCGGCGUCUGCCUCGCGCAAACCCGACAAGGCCGCGGAGCUCCUGCUCCACCAAGACGCCUCGGGCUCCACGAGCAACGAGACGGGCUGCACGACCGCCACGGCCCACUCCAAGGGCGAGGCCGACAAGACGGACACAAAGGCGGACUGCACGACCGCCACGGCCCACUCCAAGAUCGAAACCGAGAUCGGUAAGACCUACCCGACUACCUCCAUGAAGCUCAACAUCGGCGCCUACGCCGAGCUCGCCCCCUUAUUUGACGAGACUUCCGGCGCGACGAAGAUCGGCGACCCCUCACUCGAGGAGAGCUUCACGACCGCCACGACCCUCUCAGAGAUCGAUGUGGCCUCGCUGCUCUUUCUCAACCCUUGUGCGGCCGUGCUGGCGCUGCUCCUCGCGGCGUUCCUUGAGCCGCCGUUGCGUGGGCAGGUCAAGAAGAAGAGCGUGGAGCGCAGCAGCCACGCAGCGAUCUCCGUACCCUUGCUCUCCAGCACGCGUGCUCUCCGAGUUGGCAUUGUGAUCCUCUUCUUCCUCCACGGCGUAUGCGGCACCCCACCGUCCCCACCGCCCGUCAACGUCAGCAGCCCGUGCUCGCUCACCGACGGCGGCUCGUGCGCCGCGUCGCCAAACUACCCGAACAGCUACGGCAACAGCGAGGAGUGCACCAUCAGCGGUGUGCCGCCGGUCGGGCUGGAGACGGUCGCCUUUGAUGUGGAGGCGGACAGCAACUGCCGCUGGGACUAUCUCACCGUCGACGGCACAAAGUACUGCGGCACCUCGGGGCCGAGUGGCGCGGUGGCGGAGGACGGCGUCAUCGAGUGGCGAUCGGAUGGCAGCGUAGUCGAGUCGGGCUGGAAGGACCAGCUCCGCAACCUGAUCGAGGACGCUACUUCAACUGCUGCCAAUGUCUCCAUCUACCUGUCGCCCGGCGACGUCGAGAUCAUCGAUUCGACGGUCAGAGACUGCUCUGCUGACUAUGAGGGCGGCGUCGUCUACACGAGGGACAGCGGUGCGGUCUCGAUAAUCGGCUCGAGCGUAUCGGGCUGCUCGGCUGGCAAUGUCGGCGGCGUCGUCAGGGCGAUUAGCAGCGGUGCGGUCUCGAUAAUCGGCUCGGCCGUGUCGGGCUGCUCUGCUGAUGUGCGCCGCGUAGAGCUAGCCGCACUCGUGCAGCGCCUCACGGCACAGCAGGGCGAGAGGUAG